GCUUCUGCUGGUAGCUUCUGACGCAAAGAUCUGGCAUCUCAGUGAAUUUUCCUGACCUUGUGGAGCUCACUUGACUUGGAGUAAUGGAACUGCGCGCAACAUUCUGGCUCCUGGCAUUCUCUCGUCCAUGGUUUCUAGCUUGCUGAGUGGUGUAGUUCUGUAUUCGACAAGAAUCAGAGUUGUGUCUCCGGCUCGUCAGAUUUCAGAUUCUAGACACUGACUCGUUUCUUGCAAUCUCCAAGCAAGGGUUAGCCAGUAUUGUGUCGCGAGUAGCUUGCUUGCGUUCACCAAUUUGUCGCUAAGCUGGCAUAUUUAAUGAGUUCCUCUUUUCACCACGUUCUUGUUCGGUAUUAGCUCUUCAAAAGAGUUUGUGAGGCUAUUCGUAGAAUAUUCGAUUCAUUGGCCUUCUCCUUCACUUAGCUGUUGACUCGAGGAACAUUUGUGUCAUUACUGUGGGGAACGGCUCUUUUGCGCAUUUCUCGUUCCGUUCUGGAUGUCGUCGGUCCUUCAAUCGCUCUGCAACUAACUCCCCCGCAAUCAGCCGCGAGUUCCUUCGUCCUCUCGUGCGCCGCACCCGUGGUGAAUAGGGGCGUUCUAUAUUGGGCACAUACCUUCGGUCUCCUUCCAAGUUUGUGCUCUGCUUACUUUGUCUUUGUGUCGCCUUUCGUUUGAGUGAGACAUUGGAGCAGAGAUGCGAUUUUCUUGAUAAUUAGUUUAGCCUCAGAGAUUUUUCCUGCACGGUGACGAAGUAUAUUAGGGAUUCGGUGGCGGCGGUAAGCACGUUCAGUGUUGUCUCUCAACUGAUUCGUCCGUAAGAUCUUGCCAGCGCAGGUCUGGCUAGUGUGUUCAGUCUGGAACUGCUCUUCCAGAGCCUGAAGAAGGCAAUGUGUGUUUAGUUUUCACAUCUACGACUUUCCGUGAUUCGGCUUUUGGAGUGUUCUUCAUGCAUACUCCUGUUCCGCAUUUCUCCUUGCUUCGCGCGUGGCACUGCUGAGUACGCUGAAUUUCGGUGUGCCCUGUCUUCCUUCAAGCUUUCCAAUGGAACAGUAUGAAAAAGUGGAGAAGAUUGGGGAAGGCAUGUACGGAGUGGUGUACAAGGCCCGAGACCGCGUUACCAAUGAGACUAUUGCUCUAAAGAAGAUUAGGCUUGAGCAAGAAGAUGAAGGUGUUCCCAGCACAGCAAUCAGAGAAAUCUCCCUCCUGAAGGAAAUGCACCAUGGGAAUAUAGUGCGGCUUCAGGAUGUGGUACACAGUGAGAAGAGAUUGUAUCUAGUCUUUGAGUACCUGGAUCUGGACUUAAAGAAACACAUGGACACCUGUCCUGAUCUUGCCAAAGACCCGCGCUUGAUCAAAACUUUUCUUUAUCAAAUCUUGAGGGGAAUUGCUUAUUGCCAUUCCCAUAGAGUACUGCAUCGUGACUUGAAGCCACAAAACCUCUUGAUCGACCGACGGACUAAUGCUUUGAAACUCGCUGACUUCGGUCUCGCACGAGCUUUUGGUAUCCCCGUGAGGACCUUCACACAUGAGGUGGUAACAUUGUGGUACCGGGCACCAGAGAUUCUUCUAGGCUCCUGCCACUAUUCCACACCAGUAGACGUCUGGUCCGUUGGAUGCAUAUUCGCUGAAAUGGUGACUCAAAGGCCUCUGUUCCCUGGUGAUUCAGAGAUUGAUGAGUUAUUCAGAAUAUUCAGAUUACUUGGUACUCCAACUGAGGAAACGUGGCCAGGAGUAACCUCUCUUCCAGAUUUUAAAUCAGCUUUUCCUAAGUGGCCUGCAAAGAAUGUGGGUUCAGUUGUUCCUGGUCUAGAGCCAUUGGGCAUCGAUUUAUUAUCGGUUGGUUUUCACUCCUGGGUCAACUUAUCACGAAAAUCUGUUUAUCCGUCACUUUCAGGGAACUUUUACUUUCAGGAUGUUGAAAAUGCUGAUACUGGAACCGAGUCGACGGAUCACUGCUAGAACUGCAUUGGAGCACGAAUACUUCAAGGAUGUCGGUCUGGUGCCGUGAUCUGUUCCUGCAAUAUACCUGUACGACAUUGCUUCAACGUUGGUGUAGAUAAUCAUUUUUUGUCCCCCUGACAAAGGCUGAAGAACAUUUCCUUUGCAUGGUAGUGUCAAUUGCAGUGCACGUAAUUUCUAGAGCACUCGUAUGCUGUAUCCAGUAAGGGAGGAUUUAUAUAUGACAUAUCUGGAGAUCGGAAUUUCAGUCAUUUUCUGCAGCUACUAGAUGUAACCCCAAAGUAGAGAUGUUUUUGAAACUCAUAACUCGGUUUACAACUUUCCAGCUGUAGUUUACGAAUUGUAACGACUACUUGAAGGGAGGUGGGUAUUUACUUAGGCAUUGUAGAUUUUCUUCGACAUUGUAUUGUAUGCCAACAGUGAGCAAUUCUUUUGUUGAAAGAAAACUUGAUCAAAUUUUGUGAAA